CUGACUUUAAUGAUCUUGCUACUUGCAAUUUGUGCUUAUGAAAUCCUUACUGGCUGGCUGCAUUUAUGAAGAAAAAAAUGAAGCUUUUGUGAACAGUGAAAAUGGGAAUUAAUUUGGAAAAAAACAAAAGUGUGGUCAUAUUUUUUUGGGGAAGACAACUGCAAUGCAAUGGAAUGGGGAGAGGGAAAAAAAGUGGUAAAAGAAAGCAUUGGGAAAAUGUCUUCUCACACUCGUACACAGUAAUGGUGUUUUCUUUCUUUUCUUCUUCUUAGAAGAAUUUGGACUCCCUUUUCUUCCCUCCUCUUUGACUCAAUCUAACAACGCUUCUCCGCCGGAGUUAAUCUCUUUCUCUCUCUCCAUAUCCGCCUCCGUCUGUAUUCUUCUCCGGCCGCCGCCGCCGGAAUUUUUGAAUUUCCCUGGUGGGUCAGCGGGAACGCCGAUAAAGACUCUCUUUUUUCGGUCACCGGAGGGUACUAACAAUGUGGGCUGCGCUUUGCCGGUAGGGAAAAGGUAACGGUGGUUUCCGGUGAAGCUCUCCAGAUCUGUGGGUAUUCACAGAAGAGUUGAAAGGUGGAGGCUUUUUAAGCUAGGGUUCCGGUAAUUGGGUGGUGGUCUGAGGAAGCGUGCCCCGGCGUCGCCGCCGUGGCUGAUGAUGACCGGAGAUUUUGAGGGCGGAAGGUGGUUCUGCGCUUCUUCAUGGAAUGGCGGAUCGUGACAUUUUGCAGGCAUUGGGUGCUUUAAGGAAAGGUGGUCAUUUUCCGAGAUAUGGGCUCAAGGGAAGGCCUAAGUUUUGUCCAUUUCGACUUUCUAAUAUUAUCGGCCUUGUGGAUUUCUCUGAUUGUGUUCAUAACUUUGGAUUUCUUCACGUGCUGAGAGAGACCGUGCUGGAAAAAGAACUGUGAGGUUUUCGAAUUGCCUUGUUUCUUACUUGUAACUGUGAAAAUGUCAAUCAGUCCAAGCUCGAAUUCUUUUAGUGCUAAAAGGGAAAGUAGCUCUUCUUGGGCUUCUAUUGGUUCUAACCCAAACGUUUCUCCUAAGCACUCUCGAGCUGAUUCCAGGAGUUCACAUUUGUCUUUGGAUCAAAUGAGUGCACAAAAUAUGCAAGUAAAAGCUUCUAAUUCGGAUGUGCUUAGGGUUAGUGUUUCGAGUGCCCCCAGCACUUCUAGCCAUGGUUCUGCUCCAGAUGAUUACGAUGCUUUAGGUGAUGUAUAUAUAUGGGGUGAGGUAAUAUGCGAUAAUGUUGUCAGGGUUGGUCCCGAGAAGAAUGCUAGUGCUUUAAACACCAGAACCGACAUUCUUCUUCCGAGGCCUUUAGAAUCCGAGGUUGUGCUGGAUGUAAAUCAUAUAGCUUGUGGUGUAAGGCACGGUGCCCUUGUGACUAGGCAAGGCGAAGUUUUUACGUGGGGUGAAGAGUCCGGUGGGCGGCUUGGCCAUGGUGUCGGGAAGGAUGUUACUCAGCCCCGCCUCGUUGAAUCUUUAUCUUUUCGUAGCGUUGAUUUUGUUGCGUGCGGUGAAUUUCAUACUUGCGCUGUUACGAUGGAUGGCGAGCUCUAUACAUGGGGAGAUGGCACGCACAAUGCUGGGGUUCUAGGUCACGGUUCUGAUGUUAGUCACUGGAUACCUAAGAGGGUUUCGGGUCCUCUCGAGGGGCUUCAAGUCUCGAUGAUAUCUUGUGGCCCGUGGCAUUCCGCCUUAAUCACAUCAACCGGGCAGCUGUUUACAUAUGGCGAUGGAACAUUCGGUGUGUUAGGACACGGGGAUAGAGAAACCGUUUUGUUUCCCCGAGAGGUUGCUUCUCUGUCGGGAUUAAGAACGGUUUCGGUUGCGUGUGGCGUGUGGCACACGGCUGCUGUUGUGGAGGUCAUCGUUACUCAAUCUAGUGCUAGUGUUUCGUCGGGGAAAUUGUUUACUUGGGGAGACGGGGAUAAAAACCGCCUCGGACACGGUGACAAAGAGCCUCGUUUGCAACCUACAUGUGUCCCCGCGCUUAUCGAUUACACCUUUCAUAAAAUUGCUUGCGGGCAUUGUUUAACCGUUGGUUUAACCACUUCGGGGCAUGUUUUCACAAUGGGAAGUACGGUAUAUGGUCAACUUGGAAAUCCAAAUUCGGAUGGGAAGUUACCCUGUUUAGUCGAGGAUAAGCUUACCGUGGAAUGUGUCGAAGAGAUUGCGUGUGGUUCAUAUCACGUGGCUGUCUUAACGUCCCGAAAUGAGGUUUACACUUGGGGUAAAGGAGCCAAUGGACGGUUAGGCCAUGGAGAUAUAGAAGACCGAAAAACGCCAACUUUGGUCGAAACUUUCAAGGAUAGGCUCGUGAAGUAUAUCGCGUGCGGUUCAAACUACACCGCAGCCAUAUGUCUUCACAAGUGCGUCUCUGUUACCGAGCAAUCUCAAUGCUCUGCUUGUAGGCAGGCGUUCGGGUUCACGAGGAAGAGACACAAUUGCUACAAUUGCGGGCUCGUGCAUUGCCACGCUUGUAGUUCAAGAAAAGCCGUGAGGGCUGCUUUGGCCCCGAAUCCAAGUAAACCGUAUCGGGUAUGUGAUUCCUGUUUCACGAAACUGAGUAAGGUGGCCGAGGCUGGAGUUAGUAGCAGGAGAAAUUCCGGGCCACGCCUCUCGGGCGAGAAUAAGGAUAGGCUGGAUAAGGGUGAGUUACGGUUAGCCAAAUUGGGAGUGCCUUCGAACCUUGAUCUGAUUAAGCAAUUAGACUACAAAGCAGCCAAACAAGGAAAGAAAACCGAUACAUUCUCGUUGGGCCGCUCCUCUCAAGCGCUCUCUUCGUUGCAGCUGAAAGAUGUCAGAUCCGUGUCGCCUUUCUCCCGGAAAUCGAGCCCCCCUCGUUCAGCAACACCAAUACCUACAACGUCAGGGCUUUCGUUCUCGAAAAGCAUUGCAGACAGUCUGAAGAAGAAUAACGAAUUGCUAAAUCAAGAAAUUCAUAAGUUGCGAGCACAGGUCGAGAACCUCAGACAUCGAUGCGAACUCCAAGAAUUGGAUCUUCAAAAAUCAACGAAAAACGCUCAGGAAGCAAUGUUUCUAGCUGCAGAGGAAUCUGCUAAAUGUAAAGCUGCAAAAGAAGUGAUAAAGUCGCUUACUUCCCAGCUCAAAGACAUGGCCGAGAGAUUGCCACCGGGGACUUAUGAUGCCGAGAGUUUCAAGCUACCUCACCUAGUUAAUGGAUUAGAGCCGAGCAAUCUUAACUGUGGUGAUUCAAACGGGGAGCAUCGUUCGAGAUUUGACUCGGUUGCCAGCAUAGACACCGACGUGAAUGGAGUAGGGAGUCACGGGGAUUUUGGAACUUACGAGGCUAAUCCAUUCAACCAAGUUCAGGACGUUCCGACCUCCAAUGGCGGGGACGAUCAAUCGAGUGUUAGAUUUCCUAAAGGAAGCAAUCUUCCCGAACGAGCUGACGACAGAGACCCUGGAAAUGGCUCGAGAUCUCGAAACUCUGCUGCUCUUGGCAAUGAUAACCAAAUCGAGGCCGAGUGGAUUGAGCAAUACGAGCCCGGUGUUUAUAUAACGCUAGUAGCCCUCAGAGAGGGUACUAGAGACCUGAAACGAGUGCGCUUCAGUCGUAGAAGAUUCGGGGAGCACCAAGCGGAGAGUUGGUGGUCGGAAAACCGCGAAAAUGUUUACAAGAGAUACAACGUUAGAGGAUCCGACAUGUCUUCGGCUUCCAGCCACGUUUCUCGAAGGUCAGGACCGCUCUCUUCGCCCUCCCAAAGCUAAGAAAAAAUUAGCAGAGAUCUUACUUCUAAACAGGUGUGCUCUUAUGAAAUAGCCAAAAUCCCUUUUCUCUUGCAGCUUCUUUUUCCUUUCCCAAUUUUAUAAUUUUUUUUUCUUGUUUUGAUUUGUAUUUUUGAGAGCUUAUUGCCAUUUUCUUGGCCAUUGUAUUCUACUGUAUAUAAUAUCAUCAAUUGUUGUAUUCAUUGUGAAAAAAAAAGGCAAAAUUUCCUGUACCCUCCCUAGCUGUUUAGACGUAGAAAGAAACUCACAAAUCACACUUUUCGUUUCUCAGUUAUACCGUUAUCACUUUUCGUUCUUC